AUGGCGUCUCUUUACCGAAUCACCGCCACCACAUUGGCUUCAACGCUUCUCCUUUCCUCAGCCUCUGCCCAAGACUGCAAAUUUGAGACCCUCAAGACAUCAUACCCGUCACCUAGAAUUGCAGAGGACUGGAGCUAUAGCCUGAUUGCCAACGAGCUUAGACGGCCUCGAGGCAUCACGUUCGACAACAAAGGUGCUCUCAUUGUCAUCGAUUCCGGAAAUGGCAUAAUCCAUCUCGAGCUCGAGGAUGGAGGAGGCACAUGCCUGCAGGUCAAGAAGAAGACAACUUUGCUCAAGCAGGACAACUUGAAUCAUGGUCUCGCCAUCUCCAAGGAUGGACGUACUCUCUACGCUUCCUCUUCCAAUGAUGUCUUUGCGUGGUCUUACAACUCGACAAAGGUUGAAGUCGAUAACUCUACAGUUCAGACUUUGGUCACCAACAUGGCCAACGGUGGCCAUACUUCCCGCACCUUGCUCAUCUCGGAGAAAAGCCCAGACAUGCUCCUUGUCUCUCGUGGCAGUGCUGGCAAUGAUGAUCGAGGGGCUGAGAAUCAAGCGACCGGCCGCUCCCAGAUUCGUGCAUUUAACAUUUCAUCUUUCAGCAGUCGCUCCAACCUGAAGCCUUUCGACUAUCUUCAGGGUCGUCGUCUCGGCUGGGGACUCCGUAACUCGGUAGGCCUCGCAGAACAUCCUGAAACCGGUGGCAUCUUCAGCGUCGAGAACUCAGCUGAUCAACUCGCGCGCAACGGUAAAGACAUUCACAAAGAUAACCCUGCUGAAGAGAUGAACUUUCACGGAUAUCUCAACGGCUCUCGUGAGGACCAGGGUGGCAAUUAUGGUUACCCUCAUUGCUAUACACUUUGGUCUACUAAGAACUUUCCCGAUCUGGGUAAUUUGAAAGUUGGCGAUCAAUUCCCUGCUGAUCGUCAGUCUCGUCAGUUCAAGGAGGAUACCAAUCCUACUGAUGAGGAAUGCAAGAAAGAAUACGUUGCUCCAGUGCUGGCGUUCCAAGCUCACACUGCGCCGCUGGAUAUGAAGUUCGACAAGGAAGGCACGACAGCCUACAUUUCUUUCCAUGGAAGCUGGAAUCGUAACCCUCCAGUCGGAUAUCAGAUUUCUCGGGUAGCCUUCAAAGCUGGUCGACCUAAGGAAUCAUCAAGCAGCAGCGCAGACGAUACCUCUCUUAUCUGGAACGAGAAGUUGGGCAGCUGCCCUGAAAACUGCUUCCGUCCAGUCGGUCUGGCAUGGGAUUCACAAGACCGGCUUUGGUUCAGUUCUGAUAGCACUGGUGAAAUCUUUGUCAUGAACCAUCGCAAGGAAGACUCCGAUUCCAGUUCUUCACAGGGCGACGACGACGAUGACGACGAUGACAAUAACAACUCGGCAUUCUCUCUGCAGCCUAGCUCUGCUGCCUUGAUCGUUACGCUCGCCGCCGUCGUAAUGGGCGGAUUCAUGGCGUGA